GAUCGAAAAGGAAUGUGUCCAGGAGUCAUGAGCCAGGAAACUCCUGUGAGAUUCAGCACAGACCAGAAAGAGAGCAGGGAAACCAUCCAGGGGAGAAAGUGGAUAAAUGUAUUUCCUUUUGGGGAACUCAGACGGACCUCAACGAAACCACAACACAGCAGGAAAUCCUCAUGGGAAAGAGAAAAAAUACAUGCACUGAAGGUGGGAAGAAUUUAUUUGACUACUCAGUCCUUAUAAAGCAUCAAAGAAUCCACACAGGAGAAAGGCCCUUUGAAUGCCGUGAGUGUGGGAAAUGCUUCACUAAGAGCUCAUCCCUUUCUGAACAUCAGAGAAUCCACACAGGGGAGAGGCCCUAUGAAUGCAGUGAGUGUGGGAAAAACUUCACUCACAGAUCAGGCUUUUUUCGCCAUCUGAGAAUCCACAGAGGGGAGAGGCCCUAUGAAUGCAGUGAGUGUGGGAAAAGCUUCAAUCGCAGCUCACACCUUAUUAGGCAUCAGAUAAUCAACACAAGAGAGAGGGCCUAUAAAUGCAAUGAUUGUGGGAAAAGCUUCACUAAGAGCUCAGCCCUUUCUGAACAUCACAGAAUCCACACAGGGGAGAGGCUCUAUGAAUGCAGUGAGUGUGGGAAAACCUUCAAUCACAGCUCACACCUUAUUAGGCAUCGGAGAAUCCACACAGGGGAGAGGCCCUAUGAAUGCAGUGAGUGUGGGAAAAGCUUCACUAGCAGCUCAACCCUCUCUGAACAUCAGAGAAUCCACACAGGGGAGAGGCCCUAUCAAUGCAGUGAGUGUGGGAAAACCUUCAAUCGCAGCUCAAACCUUUUUACCCAUCAGAGAAUCCACACAGGAGAGAGGCCCUAUCAAUGCAGUGAGUGUGGGAAAACCUUCUCUUGGCUCUCAACUCAUCUUAUCACACAUCGUAGAAUCCACACAGGAGAGACGCCCUACACGUGCUCUGAGUGCGGGAAACACUUCAGUCGGGGCUCAAGCCUUAUCACACAUUUGAGAAUCCACACAGGAGAAAUGCCCUACACAUGUGCCGAGUGCGGGAAAAGCUUCAAUCAGAACUCGCACCUUAUCACACAUCAGAGAAUCCACACAGGAGAGACGCCCUACACAUGCUCCGAGUGCGGGAAAAGCUUCAGUCAGAGCUCUAGCCUGAGCAGACAUCAGAGAAUCCACACAGGAGAGAGACCCUACACAUGCUCUGAGUGUGGGAAAACCUUCACUGAGCGCUCAGACCUUGUCAGACAUCGCAGAAUCCACAGUGGAGAG